GAGAUUUAAAAAUUAUUGAUGAACUGCAUGUAAAUUUUCUAAAACUUAUAAACACUUUGUUGUAAAGGGUAUUCAUGUAUAGCCUACUUGUACAGUGUAACUAAAAAAUGCAGCACUUGUGGUAAGAAAACAAAUGGUGGAAGUGUUGCGUCUCCUUUUGUACAAUACGUGCUGGAAAAAUGUUAUUCAAUUUGAGAAACAUUAAAUAAAUCACUAUAUAUCCAUUGUAUAUAUGCACAGCAAAUAUUUUAAGCUUAGAACUAAUGCAGGCAAUUUUCUUGAACUCGGACAUGUCAAAUACUCGGGACAUGUCGAAGUGAGCCGCUAGUUCCGGUCAUUAUUCUGGAAACCUUUAGUAUCUCAUGAAGGAAAACUGUGAAUACUCCGUUUAAAAUUUUAGUCCUGAGCACAAUAUUUACCUGAUUUAUAUCGCAAUCGGGAAAUUUUAGUCCUGAGCACAAUAUUUACCUGAUUUAUAUCACAAUCGGGCAAAUUUUUUACUAUAACAAGUGGUAGAUUUUCAUUUCCGAUCUAGCCAACCCGGCACUUCUUAAAGUUUGUCGAAAUUCACACCUUCAAAUACACCAGCCUUGAUUCCCUGAUCCUUGAUUUUGUUAAAUAAACAACAAUGCGGGUUUUAUUAAUUAACCACACAGGACACUGCAUGUUGACAGCUUAGGUAUAAUGAUUUAUUCAGAUGGCCGACUAAUCAAGAUCAUCGACAAACUGUGCGUAUUAAAACGAAAGUAUUAGGGGCGAUAAUUCCCAGAAUAGUCGUGCGUUUGAAAACGAAAGUGUUAGGGGCAAUAAUUCCCAGAAUAGUCGGCUCAACCGAAAUCGAAAGUAGUAAUCACGUUGUAAUCGAAAAAUGUACAGUCGUUAAAUAGAGGUAAAAUUUCGUUAAAAUACACGAAAAGGUUGUGAAAAUCAUGGUCGUUGGUCGCGUCAGACAGGUGGUCGUUUAAUACAGAACCGAUAAACAAGAAAGGAUGACAGAAGUGAACAGGAUGUGUGGAUACGAUUCCUGGGGAUAAAUGCCCGGCAAUAUGGACAUCAUACCACAGACACCUUAUGAGCGGCUCGCACCUCUCCGAAACGACUUUGGUAAGCGAUUACGAACAUUUGACCAGCGCUGGCCUGGCAAUGUGCCAGUAACCCCACAGGAUCUGGCCAAGGAUGGGUUUUAUUACACUGGACUGGAGGACAAAGUGCAGUGCACUCACUGCGGGGGCAUUCUCAGUGGCUGGUGCGCGGGGGAUAUCGUGGCCCUAGAACACAGACAGCAUUUCCCGAACUGUCCCUGGGUGAGGCAAAAUGUGGUAACCAAUGGUUAUACUCCAAGGUCUUUGCCGCCAAAUAUAGAUAGUUUGUCAAGUUUUAACUUCAGUCCAAGAUUGCCUUCUGGAGAAAAUUUCAAUUUUCGAUACGAGUCCUCACUUGGACCUAAUGAUGUACCUGGAGUUACGCGACCUAAAUUUCAUAACUUUGCCAUGGAAUCUGCAAGAAAAACUUCAUUUCAAGGAUGGCCUGCCCAGAUAACACAAAGACCAGAAGUUCUAUGUAAAGCUGGAUUUUUUUAUCUCGGCGAGGGUGACAAGUGUAAAUGCUUUUACUGCGGAGGUAUUCUGUGGGAUUGGGAACCUGGAGACGACCCCUGGGUGGAACAUGCUAAGUGGUUUCCAGACUGCCCUUGGAUUAAACUAGCUAAAGGGGACCAGUUUAUCCAACAAGUCCAGACGGAUCUGAACAGAAUGCAGAUUGAUGAUGAAGUUAGCCAUGGCCCAAUAGCCCAGGAGACAACUGUGAAGACGGUGGAUGACCCCUCAGGUUCCUCUGUGUCCGAUGUGGCAGCUGCUGGUCCCUCAGGGGCCUCCGGAGUGGGAACCAGUAAAGCGCCUGCUGCAGAGUCGGCGGCAGCGGGAACCAGCAAAUCCUUGACGGUAGAGGAAAUGUCAGAGAGCGAAAAGAAAAAAUUGAAAGAAGUUUUAGAGGAGAAUCGGAACCUGAAGGAGCAGAAACUGUGUAAGAUUUGUUUGGACGAGGAGGUGGGGGUAUUGUUUGAGCCCUGCGGACACAUCUGUUGCUGUGCUAGCUGUGCUGCUCCAUUACAGGACUGUCCUAUCUGUCGACAACCAAUCCAAAAAUCACUGAAGGCUUUCAUUUCAUAGGAUUGUAGAUAACCAAUCCAAAAAUCACUGAAGACUUUCAUUUCAUAGGACUGUGGACAAAUGGUACCCUGUCAAUCAAGAGUUUUUGAGGUGCCACAUCUUUUACCAAAUGAUAGAGAAUUGUAUACAGUGCAGCUUAAUUAUUGACACAGUUUAGGUACAAGGUAUCCGUCCCUUGCUUGUUAUCAAAUUGUUCCACUAAAAACAGAACAAUUAUUAAAAUAUAUAUCCUUGUAAUCUGGCUAUCAGAUUGAAGUAAAUCUCUCACAAGAUUCAUCAAUCUGCUCAUUGCCAGACAGAGAGUUCCUUUGUCACAAUCAUGAGAAUGGAGCUAAUGUUGGAUUUUAAUCAAACUGAUUCUUUGAUGUGGUUAAACAUGAAGUAGAUGCAGAUCAGGGAUUAUUUUUCCACUCUCCUUUUCCUUAAAAGAUGCUCCUUGGGAGUGUCGUUCCCAGUGAGAUAGUAGUUAAGAUAGAAACACAAAAUUUGACACAUUUUUUGUAAUGAGUCACUCAAACCUGUCCCCUUUCAUCAUUUCCAUACCUGAAGUUGUGCAAUCACUUUUGAUAAAUAGCAACUUUGGGUUCAGGAGAACAAGAUGUCCCUGGCCGACCCCUAGAACUUUAAACAUUAGUGCUAAAACCCUAUUGGGGAACAGCAAACUAACAAUACAUGUAUUCUAGCAAAGUUGAACCUUACAACUACCCACCUCAAGCAGUGUUUGCAACUCGCUGUAAAAUCAGCUAGACAUGCAGAGCUGACAUCACGUAAAAGUUGUUAGCCCUGCCAAAAACCCACUAGCCCUGCAUAUUUUAAAAUUACUUUUACAUGUGUUACUACAAGUAUCUAUCUUCUAAUGAAGUACGAUGGACCUAAUUCGUUUUUAGUACAUUAUAUUGUAUUGAAAUUUUUAUAUACGGUAGAAUAUGCAGUAAAAUGUACUAAAUUGACGAGGUCUGUCCAUUUAGUUACAGGUACAAUAAUGAAAUUGAUUCAUCUAAAUUUUAUUUAGCGGAAAUUUUAUCACGUCCGAUCGGGCGACUAUACCAAGAAAUUUAUUCGCCCGUAGUAGAAUACAUGCGUCUCGGGCGGUUGGGUGCACGGUUAUUUCAAACACUGCAACGGGCUCAAGACUCUAAAUGUAUAAAGAACAAGAAUGUGAAGUUGCUCGAAAAUUAGAAAAAGUAGCUGACGUUUCAAGUGAAUAGAUCGCAAAAGAAGAAAAGAAUUUCAGUUAUUAGCCACGCAACACAAUUUAGAUAUAUAGCAUAAUAUAUGUACACAUAUAUAUAUAUUAAGAAAUUUUGCGAUAUACAUUUUGUAAAUAAUUGAUUAUUUUGUCCAUACAUAUUUGAUUUCCCCUUCAAAAUUAGGAGUCAAUUACAUUGUUUUGAGUUCUUUUUGAAGUGAUACAUGAAAAGUAAAUGAAUAACAUUGUUGAAUGACGUCGCGAAUAUUUGUAACGUUAUUUGUUAAAAACUGUUGCUUUGAUGGUUUUUAUCAAACUUUGACAUCUUUUUCUUUAAAAAAACGAACUCGAAUACCCCAUAAUUUUUUUUCAUAAAUAUUUUUCAAAUUAUUUUUGUUUCACUUAGAUAUUAAUAUUAUCAAGAUGAACAGCACCAAAUUCUGCCUAUUUUAAGUUGAAUUAUGCAAUGAAUAAAGUCAAUCACUAUUAUUUUCUAUAUAAUUCAAUGGAAAACAGUGUCGCUACCGUUAAAACAAUGGUAUGUUGAUGACGUAAUUAUUUAAAAAACUGUGCCGUUGAAUGAAAAACAAUUUUCACAGAGUAGUAUAUACAUUGUCAAGAUACAAAUUUUCAGGUGGGGUUUUCGAGUGAGAAAAAAGGGUCUGUAAACCUGUGACCUAUGUUAAAGUCACAAUAAGAAUGGAAUAGGCACUAAGGCCACUUUGAUCUAGGUUCAAGGUCAUUUUUACAUGGUUCCAGGUCACUGGAUAGAAAAGUAUGAAAUUCUCUGUUGGUCUUAAUUCUAAAUAGAAUAUUUGAGUUUUAGAAAAGAUUCAAUGAUGCACACUCAGUCCUUUUAACGAGGUCAAAGUAAGGAGGAUUAUUUUGUGAUUUAGAAAUAGAUUAAGGAACACUUACUUGGGGCCCAGCAUUAAGAAAGCAGAAGCCCUGUGUCAGUCCGUCUGUUAAGGAUCACCUCUAUGGGAUGCAAUAACUCCAGAAUAUUUCAACCUAGAGAUUUCAUGCUCAGUAAAUAAGUGAACACUGGCCAGAGUUCAGAGGCCUAUAGACUUUGAGGUUUCAAGGUCAAAGGUUGACCUACCAAAAUAUGAUGGCUCUGGGAUUAUACAACAUUUUAUUUGAGUGGGAUUUUCGAUAUAUUUGAGAAUAGAUUUAGGAGAUAAAGAUUUAGGUUAGAUGUAGGAUUAAUGUUCCAAUUAAAGGUGAGGAAUUAGGGUUAAAGUUCGAUUCAGGAGAGGGUUAGGGUAUAGUCGAAAGGUCGACAUUUGAGAUUAGCAUUUACAAUUAUAGUUUAGUUUUAAGGAUUAAGAUGUAGAUUAGGGGUGUAAAGAAAGAUUAGUGUUAAGAAAUUUAAGGUUGCCUUUAUUGGGGUUAGGGCUACAAGCUCGAAUAAUCAGUUUGUUUAAUAAUCUACACAUUGACCCAUCUAUUGAUUUAUCCAUCCUUGUCAUGCUGUACUGCAGUCAUACAUAGGGAAAAAGUUGUUGACUGAAGAUCAAGAAACAUGUUCAUGUCUGAUUCAGUAACCAAGGGCAGAUAUAUUUCCCAAUCUCCAACUUUUUCAAUGCUUAUUUCUCAAAUUCCUUUAAUUCUAGAAGUGCACAGUCAAUUAUAUUUUUGGUAAUGGACAAAGUGCUUGCAUAACUUCAUUAUUAUUUACAUUCAGACUUGACUUCACAAUCAUCAAGUCGUAUGUCAUUUCUGAGUUAAAGUAAAUCCCAGUCAUUUUCAGUAAGGUUUUUAUGGCUCAGUAGAAGCUUAUGUACUCUCUAUGCAUUCUUAAAGAAAAAAAUGUCAAAAUAUGUGUGAUAAUGUUAAAAAUCAGAUACUGUAAACAGCUCUUUAGGGAAUAUGAAAAUUUUCUUUGCGUAAGAGAGAGAUGACUUCAGGGAGCGUGGUGUUGAAUGUAUCAUUAUGAUUGUUGUGCGUCAUCACUAUCGAGGCUAAAGAGUCGUCAUAUUCCUGUCGGUGUUUUUGUGGCAGAUGUAAUGAUUCAGCUCUGACUUGAUAUAUUCAGUUGUCUUGGUGACCACUUGUUUUUAUACAUUAUCUAAAGUAAAUAUUCAAAAUCAUGUCUAAUCAUCAUUAUGAAAUUUAAUCUUUCAUUCAGUUUUACAAAGUUACCAAUAUUAUAUAAGCAUUGGAAAAUAGACAUUUUUAUGAAAGUGGGAAAGGUAUCGUGAAUAUGCAUGUUUGCUAUACGUGUGCAAUAUUGUGUAAGUGAUUUAUAAUUCCAAUCAAUAUGUUAAUGUAUAAUAUACAUGUACUACUUUUCUGAAUACAUGUAUUUUGUUAUACUGUGUUGAUAAUACAUUUAGAUUCCUUCCAUAGAGAAGGGACUGCCUUCCAGUAAGAUGUUUAUCUAGGGGUUUACUUAGUCUGGAUUGCUUUUAUGGAUAAAAUCUUGCAACAUUUUAUACAACACUUAGCAUUUAUAUUGUUUGAAAUUGUUUUUCCCUUUAAUUUAUCAGUAUUCCUAAUGUGCGAUCAUGUGAAUUAUAUUUUAAAGAUUGUUACAGAGAAUGCCCCCCCCCCCCCCCCCCUUAAGUUAUGUUGUACAGUAAUGUUCAAUCUGUUAAUGCCUAUCAAUCUGUUAAUGCCUAUGUAUUUUGAAAGAUGUACAUCUCCGUUCCCAAGAUGAGGUUAUUCACUACUAUGUACAAUGUGUGAUGUCACUGUCAUGGAACAGUUUCCUCAUUUUAUUUUUCUAUACAGAAUUUUAGAGGCUGCUAUCUAGGAAUUGCUGCAUGUUGUUGUUAUAUUUGUGUUGUCUGUCUGUCCGUCUGUGUGGACUCCCUGUAGAUGAAUCCUUGUACUUCCUCUGAAGAGUAGAAGACGUCUAUUGUUUUUCAGGACUACUUUGUAAGCAAGAUAAAAACCAAAGUGUACAGUCUUGGUUCUUUAAAUUGAGUAUUUUUCAUGGAGAAUAAAUGACAGCUGUUGUUUUUCAGAGUCCAGUAAAAGGUCAAGGCCAUAGGGCCACUUUAUAGGCAAGAUAAAAUGUAAAGGAUCAUUAUACCUCCCGCAACAAAGUUGGGUGGGUGGGGGUAUACUGGAAUCAGGUCCGUCAGUAGACGCAAUGGUUUCCGGGCUCUAAAGCGUUAUCCUUUCCACCUACAGUCACCAUAUCAUACAUAUGGACUACCCAAGGGACGAAGAUGUUCCCUAUUGAAUUUGAGAUCAAAGGUCAACAAGUGCACUGGACAUCAAAGUAGCAAUAUGGUUUCUAGGCUCUAAAGCAUCCUUUCCACCUACAGUCACCAUAUCAUACAUAUGGACUACCCAUGGGACGAAGAUGUUCCCUAUCAACUUUGGGGUCAAAAGGUCAAGCGCACUCCCAGAGAAGAGACUACCCAAGGUUUUGUCAUGCCCUUUCUUUUCUACACUCAGGAAAAAGGUAAUUUUUGAAGAUUGGGGUAAGCUUCGGGGGGGGGGGGGGGGGGGGGGGUAUUCUUAGUGAGCAUUGCUCACAGUACCUCUUGUUAAUCAUGGUACAUACUCUGUCAGGAAAGAUAAAAGAGACCCAUUAUUACUAAGGAAAUAAUGGUCACAGUGCCUCUUUGUAGGCAAAAUACAAACUAUGCAGUGUUCAAUGUAAACUUGAUAUUUUAAUUAUCCAUUCGAAGAGAACAAUUAAGGAGUAUCAUGAUUUUAGUCAGAAUAAAGAAUAAAACUUUAAGGCCUUUAUGUAAGGAAAUGUUUAAGCAGUGAAGACAGCUAGAUACAAAGUAAGUUUAUGCUCUAUAUACUUAGUACAAUGAUACUGCUUUUGAAAGUCGGAGGUGAAAGGUCAAAUAUGUCUGGUCACUAUGUAGAAAAAGGUCUUUUUCAGAGUGCAAAUUUUGGGCUUAUAAUAAUAAAUACUUCAACACAUUUCGACAUUUGCCCAAAAUUAGAUCAUGCCUUAUCUUCUGUUCCUAGGGUGAAGGUUAUAGGAUCACUAAAGAAACAAAUAUCAGGCAACCAAUUAUCAGAAUUGAGGUCCCUUUAGCAGUGAAUUUUCAUGCUGUUGAUGGACAUCAUUGGCAAGACUUGGUUUUAUUCGUUAAAGGUUAUAUGUGAAUGUCAAAGGUCAUAAAUUAGCUUUUACUGUUAAUUUUCAACCUUACAAAGUAAAGCCUUAAUCAUACUAAUAUUUAGUCAGUUGAAAAGAAAUAAAUCGAAACUUAGUUGGGGCAAGAUUUUCUUGUCAAGACUGACCUUUUUACGGGGGUGUGAUUUUUCCUCUUUUCAGAGGAAAUCCUCUGAUUUGCUCAAUUUUCGAAAAAAUGAAACACUGAUCUGGAUUUGAUCUAAAGUGGCAGAAAAUGAUAUUUUUCCAGGUAGGGUGAGGUGUUUUCCUCCCUUUUUGAGCAGUUUUCCUCUGAUUUCUGAGGAAUUCAGUCACAUCCCUGUAAUUCUACAAUAAGAAUUUGUCUUGCCAGCGGUGGAAGCAUUGUGAUUAUGUUUUGUUUCAGCAGUCAUUUUAUAAAUCCUGUAAAUAGUGGACUGUUGUUUAUGAAUUCAGGGAUUUUGGUUUCCACUACAAGCAUUGCCGUUUUUUUUUUGCCCAUCAUUCAGUCAUCAUCAUUGUUGUAUUUAUUGCUUCAUUUGAACAUUUUCCAGUAGUUUACUCAUAUUGUAGAUAUGACUGUUGUGUAUUUUAUUAUGUAUAGGGCUGUUUUAUCUAAAUCAUUAAUUACCAUCUGUACAGUAGUGAUUUUUUUUGCAUGAUUUUAGAGAAUACUUUUUGUUAAUUGUUGCGCGUCUCUAAUAUUCACAGAUAAAAUUUCAAAAGAGUUUCGACAAUGAAAAUUAUAUGAUGAAAAAACCCACUUUUCUUCACGGCUUCUUUAUUUCUGCGAUUCACCUGUGGUAAACUGGUUUGCGGCAAGUAAAUUUUGUGACCGAGCCUUAAAUUUUGCAACAAAUAUGAGUUGACAGAUAUUCAAAGACUGGAUCGGGACGAGAAAUAUUGGCGAUGAUGAGGUUCUCACGAAUUUUGUGGAAUUUUUUCGCACGGGAAUAAAAAGUUGGUUUUCGGUAAAUGCUCUGUGUAUCUGUUAUUAUAUAAGUACAUAAACAGGUGUGAGAAGGGUCACAGAUUAUGUUAUUGUAUCACUUAUAAUCAAAGGAAGCACUCAAUUGUACAAAAUUUUGGUCAAAGACCUCAAAGGGGUGUGGACACGAUAUUGGUACAAUUUUUUUUUUUAGAUAUUUAAUUGAUGAUAGUAUAGUAAAAAUGCAUGGCAACAACCCAAAAUUUCAAAACCAAACACAAAGAUAUGUUAGAUACCGCUAUAAACUUUUCAUUUUCAAGUGCCAAAGUUGACAGCUUUGGUGAAAAAAAAAAGAAGCUUUUACAACAAAAAUAAUUUCUGUUCUUUCUUCCUCGUGCUUAAUUGCUUUCUAAAUUGGUUUAUCAUUAAUGCAUGUCGAAAUUUGAAUCCUUUUGACAUAUACUUUUUAGAAAUCUUGGUGUUCUCAUGUGGUUUCCUGGCUAUGACAAGUGUGUUGAAAAUCACGAUUUUUAUGUAACUACAAAGUAUAUCUGGCGUAAAAAUGUUUUUAAUCCACUUACUUGUAAAAGAUCUUUAUUUCUAAAACAAAAUACUGUCAAUUUCAAUCGAUCAAAAAUCUUGUCCAUGGGCCUUUAAACUUUUUCAUGAAGACUGAAAUGUGACAAGCACCACAAUGAUCCCCUCUGUCAGCUGUCAUGGUGGUUUAUAACAUUUUAGUACGAUUAUCUGAAUUCAGCAUAAUUAAACAUUCAUUAAUCACAUUUAUGUUUCUGGCAGCGUGAAAUGAAUUUUGAACACGAGUAGCCCCCCCCCACCCCCC